CAUUGCUAAGAGAAGAAAAAAGAGCAUAGUGUGCUGGUUUUAUUAAUACCACUGAUCCUUUUCUUUUUCUCCUGAAACCAACACACACACACACAAAAAGUAAAAUGAAAAAAGUAAAAUAAAAACUACUGAUUCUCAAACACACGCGUCUUUAUAACAACCCACCAACCGGUUAUUCCUCCUACUACCACAAACCGCUUUCUGAUUAAUUUCUUCCCUUGUCUUGUGUGUGUCCUGUCUAUGCUUCUCUCUUUCUCAGUAUCACUGCUCUCUCUUCAACUCCAUGCCAAUUUUUCAGGGCUCAUGAUGGAGGCCUGAACUAGUAGUACGUAGUGGGCAAAUAAAAGUCACAGUGGAAAGAGAUAACCCCACUAGUCAUAAAAGGGAGAGAGAAGAGAAAAAAGAGAGGAGCUUUAUGAGUUAUGAAUUAUGAAUUACCAUCAUCACCCAAGUUGCUUUUAAUAUUUUUUUGUUUGAAUUUUCCUUCUUUUUUUUACGUUUUGGUGGUGAAAUGGGGUAUUAGGGACCGAUUGUUUGGGUUUUACCAUAGAGGGUGUUUGGGCUUUUACUCGUAAGACUCUGAUAAUUUGCACUGAAAAUAGGAGGCCUAGACAUAAAUGCAAAAUGGAAGAAGAAAGAAAAAUUGAAAGGGAGAAAUAAAGGUAGCGAAAAGAAGGAACAAAAAUACAAACUCAUCUUUGUUCUGCUGUCUGAUGCAUGCACGUCUGGUCCUUUGAUCAUGACCACUGAGGGUCUCUUCACAUGUCGUUUUUGAGCCCCAUCGUGAUUCUAUUCUCAGACACAGGAGAGCGGAGGCCGAGAAAGCCGGGGAAAAAAGUCACCUUUCUUUCUUUUUCAUUUUCCAUUUUCAUUUAAAACAUUAAGAAAAAUCUAUUUUUUCUAUAUCUGUUUCUCCACUUCUUUUCUCAGUGGUUUGGAUUGGAGGUCACAGAGGGAGAGAGAGGUUUCUACUUUCUAUACAUGGAAACUUGUUUCCAAUUUGCAGUUUUUCCCUUUUCUUCUUCUAAGCCUUCACAGAAUUUAUAGGUGUUGCCUCUUCAAACUGAUGGCAGUGUUUGGUUGGCAACCUUGUCCUUUCAGGUGAUUCCUAUGAUCUUUCUGUCACACACAAACACAAACAUAAACACUGUUAUGAGCACUAACAAGGUUCUAAACUUGUGGCAUAUUCCGUGUCUUGGUUUCAGGAAACAUAAAAAUAAGCUAUGGUGAGUGAGUGAGAGAAAAACAAAAACAAGUGGUCUAAUGGCAGAUUCAGAAAAGUACAACAAGAAACCCUCUUCAUCAUCUUUCUUCAGUUCUCCGAGGUUGUUCACCAAUUUCACUCCGAAAGGUUUCCAUGAAACCGAAACCAUGAUGAGCCCUACCUCCACACUCGACAGCAAGCCUUUCUCUGGCUUCAAGAACCCUUUUUGGUCCGAAACUAACAGCCCCAGAACCCCAGUGAGUGAACACAAGCGUUACUGGGACAAAUUGGAUUCCAAAGGGGUUGGUCUUGGCCUUGUUGAUGCUCUUGUUGACGAAGAGAAACACGGUGAAGUGAGUUCGAAAUCGGAGUCUCGAAUGGUUGUGUUUGGAUCUCAGCUCAAGAUUCAGAUUCCUCCACUGUCUCCAUCUGAAUCUUCCAAAUUCGUAGCUGAGAAGGGAAAUUCUUCUUCUGGGGUUGCUGAUGCUAAUUCUCAGCGUGUCUUUAUGGGGUGUCUCUCUGCGAGCGAAAUGGAACUCUCUGAGGACUACACGCGCGUGAUUUCACGCGGGCCUAACCCGAGAACAACUCACAUAUUUGAUAAUUGCAUCAUUGAGAGUAGCUGCUUUGAACUUGGGUGUUCUGCUUCUUCUGCUAAGGAAAAUGGAUGUUUUCUUGAUCAAACCAGCUAUCACUCUCGGAGCUUUCUCAGUGUCUGCUUUCACUGCAAGAAAAAUCUUGGGCAGGGUAAAGACAUCUACAUGUACAGGGGUGAGAGAGCAUUUUGCAGCAAUGAAUGCCGGUACCAAGGGAUGCUGUUGGAGGAAGAGAUGAGCAAAUUGGAAGCCAGUGAUAUUUAUGGGCCUUAGUUCCAUUCCUUUAAUCCCCACACCACCCAAAGCCAUUCGAUCUUGAUUCAAACUUCAAAGGGCUUAGAAUAAUAACACCACCUUCAUUUUUAUUUUUCUAGGACACAAAAUAGUCCUUGGAAAUUCUGAAUCACUGUAUCACCUGGUUUUUCUAUUUCUGCUUAUCACCCCUCUCUGAUGUAGCAGUGUAGAAAGAUAGAGAGGAAUUGAAAAGGCAGAGAUACUGUAAGUGAUUUUAUUGAAAUGAUGAAAUUAUGGGAUUGCUGCUGGGAUGGCCACAGUUUUGUAAUGAUACCAGUGUAUGACUUGAGCUUACAAAUUAUCUUUGUUUAUAUAAAGUAUUCCAGAGUAAUAAUAAUACUAUAAUCACGCACA